GGAGGAAGACAGCAAAUCACACUGCCACGUGUGUACCUAUGCAACUAUCUUGCAUGUUCUUCACAUGUACCCCAAAACCUAAAAUGCAAUAAAAAAAAAUUUAAAAAAAGAGUGAGGAUAUAGCAGGCUCUGAUGGGAAAGUGGCCUGGAUUCCCUGGCUUCUUCAUAGAGGAGAGUUUGGAGGCUCUUUAAAAAGUCAUAGGCUAUUAAAGUCAUUCUUCCCCCUCAAAUUUCUGUCCUGUGGCCAAUUGUGUUUGGGAAAACCAAGUGGGGCUAAUGUUCCCAGCACAGGCUCCUGCUUCCCUGUGGCUUCCUAGCCCUCGCUCGGGCCUGGCCCUUCAUGGAACAGAGCCCCCUCGAUCUUCCUUUACUUGGGUGGGCAUCUAUCUGUCCCCUGGCUCUUCCCCAUUGUCUCUUGGCUCUCCAGAUGGGAAGGAGACUGGACAUGUGCCUAAUUGACUGUGUUCAAAAGAGCCCCAUGGACUUGGCUAAUUGUUUUUAGUCCUUUUAUGAUCAUCACAGACUGGACAACCUAGAAGAAGCCCUUGAAGCUGUUACGGCCUGUCUCUUGGCUCUGGAGAGGAUGGAAUUUGAACCAGUUUCCUCAGAUAGCCAUCUUCUCAAAAAAAAAAUUUGACAUGGAGUUUUGCUCUUGUUGCCCAGGCUGGAGUGCAAUGGCACAAUCUCGGGUCACUGCAACCUCUGCCUCCUGGGUUCAAGCGAUUCUCCUGCCUCAGUCUCCUGAGCAGCUGGGAUUACAGGCACCUGCCACCAUGCCCCGCUAUCUCGAACUCCUGACCUCAGGUGAUCCACCCACCUUGGCUUCCCAAAGUGCUGGGAUUACAGGCCACCGUGCCGGGCCACCAUCUUCUCAAUUUUUUAAGAAAAAAAGAAAAUACUCCCCUAAAGAAGCAGCUAUUGUAGCAUCUCUUGGGAAGGCUUCCUUGCAUUUCUUGCUGUGGGCCUCCAUUUCUUCAAGUUACUCCACUGCAGACCCUCUAUGACGUGGGGGAAGGGCCAGCCUGAGAAUUUUCCCCACCCUAUAAAGAGCACUGAAGGCACUUGGCCUCGUCUCAUCUUUGCCUAGGAAUAAGAAGACCUCUUGGUUCCUGAACCUGCUGUAGAGAGUUUUUAUUUGUCACAUGUUAGUGUCAGUUUCUACUCUCAGAUUCUUUUUUCAUGCAUCAGGCACACUAUAUACCCACUUAAAACCAGCUGAGUGGAACGAGAGGACACUAUGGUAGAAGUAGAGAAGGUUAAGAAGUGUGAAGAGGAGGAUGGGAGAGGAACAGGCUGUUGUUUAGGGUCACCUUGCAAAAUGAUACCCAGAAGUGGCAGCCCACAGAUGCAUUUCAUCCACCCGCUUCUUCCAUGGACAUGGAUAAUGGACAAAUGCUGAUAGGCAUAUUUCUUUAAAAUUCCUACUUAGAAAGACCUUGUCUGCAAGUCUGGCUUGAAUGCCAUCUUUUAUAAUGGAUGAUUUCUGCCCGAAGACCAUGAGCAUUUGAGCUCCUCAUGGGGAAAAGAUGGUAUUUAAAUUAAAGCUUAAAAAAUAUUUUAAAGAAAAACAACCUGGAAGAUACGUAGGGUUGGUUAUUCUGGAGGCCCCAGUGCCUGAGCCCCAGAGCCCAGGAACUCCCCGUACUUCUUCCUUCGUCCCCCUUGCUUGUUCCGAGAACUACGGAUGGCAUCUGUACUCUGAAUGCCAGUCACGGGGUUUACAAUCGUAGGUGGAAUGGAAGAGCUGAAAGUGACAAAUUCCACUUGUCCAAAAUACUCCCAUUAUAGAGGAAGAAAGGAAAAGCAGGGAUACAGGAGACUUUAAGAACAGAGCAGACCUUAACCACUCCCCACCCCCAUUUCUCAGGGGACUUUUUCGUGACAACCACCUUCCCUGAGGUCUCCAGCAACUCAUGGCAGAGCUGGGACUAGGAUUUGAUUCUCCUGAUUUUGGCUCAGUGCUUUUCCCCUUUCUUAUACCUUCCUGCUUUCUCUGAUGCCCGUAGUCCAGGGCAUAACUUACUGGCAGGCAGAGUUAAAUACCCGUGUAACAUGAUUUUAAAGAGUGCAGGGUGAACUUCCACCCCCAAAAUCAUGCUCACAGCAGCCUGUAACUGGUGCUUGACCUUCCACCAUUAGAGAUUCAUUCUUUUGUAACUUGAGCUUAGGCAGGCUUUCUUCCAGAGUCUCCUCUUGAAACAGAAAUCCCUCUGGGAAAGCUGGGUGUUGAGAGCUAACAAACGGGAAGGGCUGUUCCUCCGAGAGUUGAUACCCACAAGUGGUGGUGGCGGUCUGGAGGGGAAACCAGGACAGAGAGUUCACAUGGGAGGAUGCAAGUGGGACAGAUGUGAGGGUGAGUCCACUCUUCUGUAGACCAUUUGAUAAAUGCUACUACCUGCCUGGCCAAAUGCAGAAGACAGACGAUGACCCAGGCACAUUGCUGGGAAAUCCCUUUCUCAAGGAAGCCCAGAGGGAGAGGCAGGGCUGCCCACUCCACAUGCUAUCUGAGAGCGGCCAGCCCAGUGCUUUCUCUAUAAGAGGCAUCCUCUUUCCUCCCCUAAGGUUUCAUUUGAAUGGACUGGCCUUUAUGAGCACUUUUGUCUAUGGCUGAAGAGGGGAGAUGUCUGUCUUAUUAUCCUGUGGAUGGAAGAUGAGGCAAGAGACCUAGACCACAGAGGGGAGGGUGUGUCUUCUGCACUCCACCCUGACACUGGCUUUUUGCCCUCAUGGAGGAGUGGAAGAGUUAGGGUCAGAAACUGAAAGGAUGCUUCUCCAGGAGCCCUGGGACUCUGAACACAAGCAGUGGGGGUUGGGGCACGUCUCAUUCUGUACAACAUCCAGCUCUGGGAGUGCUGGGCCACAGCAGCCCUGCCCGAUCCCUUGGCCACCUCACAAGGGACAUUGUCAAUGGGCAACAGCAGGCUCCUGAAAGCAACCUCGAGGUUAUGGGAUACUGACUGAGGGCAGCCAGAGGUGAAGAAGACCUAUGAUGAACUUAUGAUAUGGUCCUGUAGAGUCUCCUGGCAACCCCUUGUGAGGGGGAACUUUACAGGGAGGGAAAGGUGGUAAAGGCUUCUAUGUCUCAAGAGGGGCCCAGAGGAGGAACUUUGGACAAUUGCUACAUGAUAUGACACUAGCCUGUCAUGGCCUGGUGAUGCUCAAACUCCUCUUAGAUCCUUAGAAGCUCACCCGAGAUGCUAAUGGACAGAAGUGGUCCAGCACCUCAUGGGCCCAGGCUCUUCUCUUUGAAUGCAACCAAAUUUAGGCUAGAAAACCUGUGCCAAACUCUGUCUGGGAAGGGUAGUGAUGAAAAUGGCUUCAGGGACUAUGUUAUCCAAUCAGGGGAAGGAAGGGAGAGGCCCAAUCUUUGUCUUCGCUAACUUGUGUAAAAUGAGGCUGAAGGCCAAGGGUAAGAUGUGCUCAUAGCCUUCCCGUCACAAACUAUGACUCGAACCUUCCAGGGCUUGUUUUACGGGCCAGGAAGAAAAGGUAUGGAUGUUCAGUUUAAAUUAACCUCAGGGUAGCACGGACUAUCCUGCAGGAGAUGACAAUAGAUUGGUUUUUAAAAAGAAGGAGAAAGGAAAAGUCCAUCUUUGUAGGUUGGAAAAGAGCUGGGGCAUAUAUGCAAAGUUGUUCUGCUACCAUUCUCCUCCUCCUUCCUCCACCAUCCACCUGCCAGGGUGCUAGAUCUUUCCUUCCUUCCUGUGAUUAAGCCCACAUUUGCUCAGGAUGCAUUCACUAAGUCCCGAUGUAGUUGCAUAGCAGAUCUGGGCAGUAUGUAAGCUCAAUUUUUUAGAAGUUAAAAAAAAUGCUAUGUCUUCCACACCUGCAAAUAUGGUAUGCAAGCUGGAGUGACACCACUUAGAGAAGUUACUAAGUGGAUGUGACAGAAAGAGCUGCAGCAAGAACACAGGUUGACAGGUGUCACUUACGUGGAGUUGCCCUGUCAAGAGCCAUUGUCAGGCUGACAGAUACUCUGGCCUCUGGGGCUGGGGUGUCCUUUUUACAUUUGUACAUGUGCCUGAGAGUUGAACAACAGAUGCAGUUUUGCAGGGAUGAGCCUGUCACAUCCAGUCAUAUGCCACAUGUCAUCAUCACUCCCAUUUGAGGUCCACAAUGAGCCUGGUUCUGGGUUAGGCACUUUACAGCAGCCCAGAGUAGUAGGUUUCACCAGGCCCAUCUCUCUCUGCAAAUGGGAAUUUUGAGGCUCAGAGAAGUUGAGCAACAUGCCCAAGGUCACAGAACUAGUUAAAUGUCAUAAAGGCCAGGUCUGCGUGGCUCUGAGGUCUGUGACUUCCCAUCGAUGGGGUCGAGGAUACAAGAGUUUAAGCAGGGUUCAGACCCACACCAUGUUGUGUGAUCUGGACAAGUUCUGUAAUCUUUCUGAGCCAUCCUUCCCUGGUCUGUAAAAUCGGGGUAACCAAGUAACUAAUGUCUGGGACUGGUGUGAGGAUCGGUGGGAGUGCUCCUUGUGGAGCACACUCAGUGCAGCACCUGGUCCGCAGUGGGUGCUUGGCCUGUGGUCAUGCUUCUGAUGAUACCAGGUCCUUCUCUCUUCUGUGACCCCCCAGGAAGAAAGAACCACAGCACAGGAGACAGCACACAGACUUGCCUGUAGUGAUACCUGGAAGAUCCGAGAGAUGGAAACCACUCUUCUCUUGCUGUGUGAUUUUAAAAUGGCACUUAACCAUUAUAGAGGUUUUUUGUUUCCCCCACCCCCCUGUGGAAUAACUUGAAUGAUCCUUAACCCUGCUUUAUUUAGACUUGAGGUUGAGGGCUAUGCUGGGAUAAACAUGAAUUUUUGUUUCUCCAUAGGUGGAUUAGCCAUAGAGCAGAUUGUGCCUGGUAAGAUGAGGACUCUGGCUGGCUUCUCCAGCAAACUGGCCCCUGCUUUAGGGACUAUGGUCUGUGGCCAUCACUGUGUAUGUCUGAGCAGCACGUUAAUUUGAAUAUAUUUUGUAGUCAAGACUCGUUAAACAGGUAGAAAUUCUACUUGCAUGUAAAAAUACAUAAUACAUAAAAUGAGUCAAAGAGCAAUUUUUUUUCAAUGAUCUGUGUCAUUUAUGCAUUGAUAUGGAUCAUCAAGAGCUAUGGGUUUAUGCUGCCUUAUAGCCCAGUAGCCUGCACUGCUGAGAAAUUCACCGACUUCCCCAUCAAGCUCUGCCCCUGAUAAGUGAUGAGGAAAUCAAGCGAUGACUAUUUGUAACAGCUGCUUGUUUACUACUUUUGAGGCCGCUGGAGUCAAAAUGGGGCUCUUAAAAAAUGGUACCUCUUUCAACCUCUGGAAAAGCCAAACUAGAGCCCAGUGCUGGAGUGAACACUGUGCUUAACACUACUUUCAGGCCUCCUUUGUAAAACCCUGAACAACUUCCCUUCCCAUCACUUUUACAGUGGGAGGGAGAAGGGCAUUCUGCUCUUCAGCCUUCGUUUGGGCCAUCAGAGUUGAAUUUUGGUUUGAGAUGCCUCUGACCAGUCUUUGCUGUCAUUUGGAGGUGGUUAGCAUCAUAAUCCACACCACAAACGAAACUGCAAACAGAAGGAGGAAGUAGGGUUUGUCUCAGGCAAAUCUCUUGAAGAGGAGGAAACAGGCCCAGAAAGGUUAAGUGACUUUCCUAAGGCCACCUGGCUGCUGAAUGAAAGAGCUGGGACCAGUGCACAGGCACAGUCUUUCUGCUGUCAUGCUCCUUCUCCAUAUUACUCUGUGUCUCUGUCUCCUGUGGAUAGAUAUGGUCUUUUAGGAAGGGCUGAAGAGGAAACUCACCUGUGUUACACUAUGUCCCAGGAACUAUGCCAGAUGCUUCAUCUGGAUUGGCUCAUUUUAUCUUCACAACCCCUUAGCCAGACAGUGAUGGCCAUUAAGCCAUUUGUACACAGAUGCAGAGGUUAACUUACUGUUCUGUAAGACCACAAAGCUCUUUCUCCUAGGCACUGUUCAAUGUCUCCUUCCUCUCAUCUUCUUCUUCCCUCAGCCUCCCUCACACGUUGAAGUGCCCUUUGAUAGACUCCAUUGGGAGGUUUUAAAUGGCAAGGCUUCCUUGGGUUGAGGGCAAUGGGUGGGUCACUUGUUAAGGCUAGUCUGAAUACAGAAAAUAUUGGUUUAAAAGAGAGUCAAACAACACCUUCUGGGGAGUGGGAAGUGUGGCUUCUGAGGGAGUGGGCUUCUAUUAGGCACUGGUAUGAAUAGGGUUGGCAGGCUGCUAUCAAUCCAGGCUCUGCUGCAGGCAAAGCCUUCUGGAAGGAAAGGGAAUGGAGGGUGACCCUCAGGCCUGAGUAUCCUUUGUGGUAGUUCCACCUAAGAGACAGGUAAGUGAUGCCAAUUAAGAAAAUCUUAAAUUUUUCAGAUCGCAGUACUUCUUGGUAACAUUAAAUCCACACUCUGUUGCCCAGCAAUUGGAAGUGAUCUGUUCUCUGUUAAGACCUCUAGGAAACAAUGCCCCAGGUCUCAGCAUCUCUCAUGAGCCUUUCCCCAGGUAUUGGAAGGUGUUUCUAUAGAAACACCUUUAAAACAGGAUUGCAUCUUUUAUUUCAUGGGUCUUCCUCCUCAAGUGCUUGAUCCUCCUCAAGGCUUUGAAUGCAGCAGGUGUUUUUGCACUUGAUGUUGGGUAGGAAAGGGAAGGAAAAUUAGAUUGGCAACUUUCAAUUGUUGCAGCUACAGUCUCAGAAAUUACAGUUUGGUGAGGACUGGCAAUGGGUGUUAAAGUAACAUCACUAUGGGGAAAACUUUUGUGUGGAAAUAAAAGCUUCUGUUCAUAAGGGUGUAUUUAAAAGUUAUUUAUUAUAAUAUUGCUUGGAAUGACAGGAAACUAGGAAGAACUUGAAAGUUCAUCAAUAGGUGAAUUGGUCGAAGAGUAUGGUUUAUCCAUACAGUGAGAUGUUAUACAGCUUUUAAAAAUAACUUGGAUCUACAUGUAGUGAUCUGGAAAGAGGCCCAUUAUACACUGCUUAAUGAAGAAAGCAAGUUUCUGUGUAAUGUAUAUAACAUGAUUUCAUUUAGAAAUCACCAACAGCACAUACUUUUGUAUAUAUAACUGAGGUCUUAGAUAUAUUUGCAUGAGCAAAAAAUAGAGGAGAAUACACAGUAAAAUGUUAAUAUUACCUUAGAGGGGUGAAGUUUUAAAUUAAAGAAAAAUCUAACAAAGUUUAAAAUAAAAUCCCCUGAGAACAAAGGGACCAGAAUGGGGACAUGGUGCAGAAAGGAAACAGGUGGACUCAAUCAGAGCUUUGUUUUACCACCUCCACUCAUUGUGCAUUUCCAGGUGGGGUUGCCCUGAAGCACCAGAGAUCAGCCCUAUGCUAAGGCAGAUCACAAUGUGUUAUGCCCCAAGUGAUAUUUGUAAAUAGUGCAUCUGGAGAGCCAAGGCUGUAAAACUUCUCAUCUGUAAAAGUUUCCAAGGCACUCUGGAACUUUGGUAUCUUCAUAAAGAAUGUGUCUGCAGCCAUACUUGGAAUCUACCAUGCUUCUGGUUAAGACCCUAUAGCCUCCAGGGUUUCCCUGUCCAUAUCAAUAGAUACUUCUGGCAGGGUCUACAAGCCAUUGAUUACAGCUGUAUUGAACCUAUGAGAACCAAAGUAUAAGACCCCCAAUAAUACUUAAAUCUAUUAUAACACUUAGUAUAUUAGAGUUAGUCAUUUAACCAACUCUUCCUGGAAGAUAAGUGUCACCAGUGCAUAGGUAUGUCUCUUCAUGGUUUAGUCUGGAAUACUUAGCACAUGCUUGGCCCAUAGUCAUAUAAGGCUAAUAAAAAAAUAUGCAUAUGUUAUUGCACCGGAUAGACUGAAUGGCUUCCAGUUGGCUUUCAGGGAUUCCAGAGAGACUUCUCAUAAAAAGCUGAGUCUUAAUGGAAGAUCUAAAAAGGAGGAAAGGAGUGGAGCGUACAACCUCCUCCAAGUAGAAAAAGCUAAUUCUGUUGUGGCAGCACAAUGUAAUUUUUUGGGCCUUCCUCAUUCUUAGAGAAAGAUAGGUAGGUAACAAGAGAAUUCAACUUUUUAGAAUAAAACAGCAAGGAUUAAGCUAUAAAUGCAGAAAUAUUAUACUAAGAAAAUGCCUCCCAGAUAUUGUUUUAUACUAAGAGAAUGGCUCCCAGGUAUUGUUAAAAUAAACCAAAUAGUAUCUUAUCCAGCACAAAACCACAGUGAAUUGAUUUAAUCAGACAUUAUCAGAGCAAGGAAGAAAUAACAUUCUGGCUUUAAUGGCAAAAAAAAAAAAAAAAAAAAAUCCCACCACCUCAAAUUUCUUUGCAGGUACUGGGGGCACUCAGCAAGUGUUCUUUGGAAUAGAGUUUAAAAAUAAUUGGGCCUUUGGCUAGAGGGGAGCAGGAUCAGAGAGGUUUUUGUGUAGGAGAACUGCCCGGGUGUGGGGCCGCCUGGAGGCUCAGCCAGGUAACUGGCUGCUGCAGCCUUGGCUUGGCUCCCAUCUGUCCCAGAAGACACUAAGAACACUGCUGGGUUAGCUGCCAUGAGGUGGUGAUGGAUCACAGUUGUGGCCUGAUUCUUGAGGAACCAUGGAUUCACUGCAGUGUGCGGUGGCCAUAUGUGAAUCCUGGCCAUGUGUGAGGUCAUGUGGGAGGAGAUGAAGGAGGAGAAAACCACAUAACACAUCUCCUCUUUCUGCAACAACCACCAUUAAAACAAGCCAAAGCCUGAGAUUUCCCAGGCAGCAUGGUCUGCAGGUUAUAGGUGCUGCUUCCUGAUUCCAGGCACCUGGGGUUGUCAGCGUCACUAAAAGAAGGUGUUUGUUGGCCUGUGGAGAUGAAAUAUGGUACAGUCUUCACUUUCUGGGGUUCCAGCACCGGCUCAGAGUUGACAGAAGACAGAAUGACAGAGCCCCAGCACAAGGCAGGUGGAACCUCAGAGGGCUUGUUCAACCUUCUGGUGUUUGUGGGGCCUCUACAUCAUCUAUGCCAACAAUUAAUCUAACUGAGCCUUUCCAGCAAUGGGAAACUCACUUAUUCUGUGGGAUCUCACAAAGCUGGAUAACCUUUCUAAUUGUAACCCUGGCCAAGAGUCUCAUUCUAACCAUCAACACAGCUUCCCUUCAAUCCAGGGCUCUCAAGAACCUCUGUGUUAGAGAUGGACCGCCUGACAGUGUGGGGGUUCUUGUUUUGGCUCUUCUGUAACUUAGGGAUCUUCAUCCUCUGCAGGUAUUUUUGUCUCCAGAUAGUCUUGUCCAGUUGUCCUCAGUCAUCACUGUCCCUGAGAAUUAGAUGCCUAAAAAAUCCGGAUGCCCAGACCUCACUAAGUCAUACUCUCUGGGGGUAGAACCAAAGCACUGGUAUUUUUAAAGCUCUCUAGAUGAUUCCACUGUAUAGCCAAGGUUGAGAACCACUGUCUUGCUCCCUGAACCUGGUCAACUUCUUGAGGUUUAUGCUAGGGAAUCAGGUAUCCUAGAUUUGAAUCUUGACUCUACCAUUUGAGCAAUUCCUUGUGUUUUUGUUUUCUCAUCUGUUAUAUGGGGAUAAUAGCCUCUACCUUAAAGAGCUGUUGAACAAACUGUGAAAACACCUGUAAGUCAAGAAUAGCCUCUGGCUUAUAGUAAGUGUUCUAUAAAAUUUAACUCACGUGCUCAGGACUGGGCCUAGCAAAUGUUGACGUUAACAUUUGCGCACUUACGAAGGUAAGUGGGGUUCCAGCAUGGGCUCAGAGUUGAGACCAUGAGAUAGGCACUGUUCUAAGCACUUUACUUUUGUUGUGUUGAAGAUACAGUAUAAGAAAAAUUACAUUAAAAAAUGGGUCUUCCGAACCUCUUUACCUGGUAGGGCCUAUUUUUUCAAACUACCCAUUUAAUUCAUACUCUAGUGAACUUUCUAAACCCCUUACCAACCCACGUGUUUUCUUUCCUCCCAUGAAAAAUCUCCUUAAGAGCUCUUCAGAGAAUCUGUAUAUUUUAAAGCAUCAAAUGUGACUAAAGAGCUCAUCAAUGGUCCAUUCAAUAUAUUUUGUUAAGCCUAGUGCCUAUUAAUGAGCUAGGCAUUUAAGCGAUGCCUAGUAAAUUCUUUGAGGAAUGACUAAACUAAUUAACCUGGUAAAAGAAUAUGCUAAUGUAUUUUUGUGAAAGAGAUGGAAAAAGACUGAAUUCACACAAAUGGUGGGGAUGCUGAGAAAUAGCUCUACAAAGUAUCUGCUAUAUGCUAGGCACUUUCCACAAUCAUAAGAAGUGAGUGUACAGCAAAUCAUCCCAAACUUAGUCUCUUAAAGUAAUAAUUAGCUUGCUUGUGAAAUUCUUCCUAGGUAGUUACAUAGUAGGAACAGCACCUCUUUGUUCUAAGACAGCUCAACAGGGGGCUGAAGUAUCCACUUUCAACACAGUUCAUUGCUGUACUCCAGCCUGUAUGGAACCACCCUAGUGGUAUAGGUGCCUCACUCACAACCCUAGGCUGGCUCUGGGUUGGAUGGGUUGGGAUAGAAAACUCUUGCCAUGAAAAUACAGCUCUCCAUCUCAGUCUCUCCACUCCCCAUUCCAAAGGGAGACGUGUCUGUGCUUGGGGAGAAGCCAAGCAAAGCAAAAGAUUUCAACAGCGAAAGGAGGAAACACACCCACUGAGGUUCUCAUAGCAACAUAAUCACGCACAGGCAGCAGCCUAUUUCGGUGGGAGCUUGUUUCAGCUCCCCUCCUCCUUGGUUAGUCACAGAAUGGAUGCACAAGCAGAAGCAGUGUGGGGUGGGGGCAGAGUGUCAGGCUGAAAGUCAGGAGGCUGGGGAGCUGAGUCCUCUGCUUUCUGAUGGACCACGGGCAAAUGUCCUCUCUCGGAUCUUGGGGGGGUCUUUGUAAAAUGAGAGGAUUGGACCCACAGAGCAGUGAGGAUCCUCUUUUCUGAUUUCCUUUGAUUGCACAAACACUGAGACACUUUUGGUAGAGGAUUAGAUGUCUCUCAGAAUCUUUUUGUCUCUGAGAAGAUGCUUAGAGAAAAAAUAAUUCAAGAAGGUAAAAUUCAUUCUCCAGAUCCAGGUCAUUUAUUUCUCUACCACUUUCUACACGUUGGCAGGAUGUGAAAGGGAAGAAGGACUGGGUGUGAUGUCAAGGACUCUGCUCACUCACCCCCAACUCUAACCCAGCUCUGUGGUCUGAGAAGGGAAAAGGUUAAGGAGGUUAAGGUCAUUUAAUUUUAUUAAAGUUUACUCUCAUGCACGCACACACGGUCCCAUUAACUCACGCCUCUUGCUAGAUUUUCAUCCUUUUCAUUCUUCAUCUUCUCCUCUCCUCGCUCUAUCCCUCACUUCUCACCUCUACUUAGUGCAAUGUAUCCUCUCUUUCCCAGAGGACCAGAUGAUGGAGGCAUGUUUGGAGAACGAUUCUUCAAUGGACUCUGGGGUUAGUUGAGGACAGUCAGGCUCACACUUCCCAGCUAUCAAAGGUGAUGAUAAAAGCAAAGAGGGCAAUUGGGAGCGACCUCCCCAAACAAGUACAGAGAUGAAGUGAAGAGAGCCAGGUGCUCACGGAGCACCUUUUAGGUCUCCGUCCUUGACUCCUAGGCUGAAAGCUCGAAAGUGCGGCUGUUUUAAAGAGUCAGCCUGAGUGUCCUGUUGCAAAGGGAAAGGCAGAGUGGGGUCUCCCCCGCCUUUGUUCUAUCUCCCACUGCCCGACAGAUGGCCAGUAAGACAGAGAAAAAGAAGCUCUCAAAGUGAAGACAGAAAUGCAUUGUAUAAAAAUUCACACCCCUGCUGCCGCCCAAACUCCCUUAAAAAAGGAUCAAGAGAAUCCUGAUGGGUAUGUGACAUCCUCCCUCUCUCCCAUAAAAGGGACUUCAAAAUCUGGCGAUGGUGGGGGAAGGGUGAGGAGGGAGAAGAGAAAUGCGUGGGCAGGGGGCUGCCAGGGAAGACUGGAGUGGGGGUAGGGGGCACGACAGCAGUCUCGCAUUUGACUUUCUCCCACCCUCUUUCCCAGGCCACUCUGGCCGCCACCUUUGCCCCUCCCUCUCAGCCUGAGAGGGGCUUGGAGUCCCAAAGGCCUUGGCUACCCAGAGUGGGAGAAAAGGAUAGAAAAUGACACCACACUUGGCCCUAGAGUUGAAGGAGUUAAGGACCCUCCCCCAUCCAGACAUCCACCCCUUCGUUCCCCAAACCGUAACUCGCCAAGGAAGGAUCCAGGAACUGGCAGAGGAGCAGGAGAGCUGGGGUGGGACGGGGUGAGGGGGGUGCCAGGUACCUGUGGUCGGGUCUCGCCCGGAGCUCGCCCUAGGUAGGAGCACACGCACCGGGCCUAAGAACCUGCAAGAGCCUUGCCCGGCGCCUGCUUUCUCUGGGCCCCCAGCGCGGGCCUGGCCUCCGCGCAAGUUGUGCGCAGCGUCAGGGAGUGGAGGCGGCCGAGACCCUCGGAGACAAGGGGAGGGGGCGGGCCCGGGGGCGCUGGGGGCCCUCGGUCUGCGCCCAGCCGCCGCCUGCUCCACCGAACCUCCUACCCCGCCCCCACUCACCCGGCUCAGCCCCUAGGAGAGACGCGCAGGAAGCGUGUUGCUUCGCCCAGCGGAUCGGCAGAAGUUGAGAGGAGUUGGCGGCUGCCUCUGGCCGGCCGGACUUUGCGAGCAGCCUGGAGAGGAGCCGCGGCCGCCGCCGCCGCCGCGGAGCCUUCGGGGCUGCUUCCCUCGCGCUUAGCCCGCAGCGCGGGUGGAGAGGGGCGGGGAGGGGGUCGGGGGCACGAGGAGAACUUGAAACUGUGUGAAGGAAUCCGGAGCAGAUGAGAAGGGAGGAAAAUAAAACAAAGUGGAGACUGCAGAACAGACUCCACCGUGGCUGACUGUGCCGGCUGACGCUCCAGCAGAGGGGCUGGGUUGGAUUUUUUUUCUCCCAUCCUCUAGCUCUCUCUUUUAAAGCUACACCAGCUCUCUCUCUUUCUCUACUAUCUCUGUAUCACCAAAUCCUUGCUGGCUCUUAUGGGCAUGAAACACUCCUCCCGCUGCCUGCUCCUGAGGAGGAAAAUGGCGGAGAACGCGGCCGAGAACACCGAGGUGAACAGCCCCCCCUCCCAGCCCCCUCAGCCCGUCAUCCCUGCUAAGCCCGUGCAAUGCGUCCAUCAUGUGUCCACUCAACCCAGCUGCCCAGGACGGGGCAAGAUGUCCAAGCUGCUGAACCCAGAGGAGAUGACCUCCAGAGAUUAUUACUUCGACUCCUACGCCCACUUUGGGAUUCAUGAGGAAAUGCUGAAGGAUGAGGUGAGGACGCUCACUUACCGGAACUCCAUGUACCACAACAAGCACGUGUUCAAGGACAAAGUGGUACUGGAUGUGGGGAGUGGUACUGGGAUCCUUUCCAUGUUCGCUGCCAAGGCAGGGGCCAAGAAGGUGUUUGGGAUCGAAUGCUCCAGCAUUUCUGACUACUCAGAGAAGAUCAUUAAGGCCAACCACUUGGACAACAUCAUCACCAUAUUUAAGGGUAAAGUGGAAGAGGUGGAGCUGCCUGUGGAGAAGGUGGACAUCAUCAUCAGCGAGUGGAUGGGCUACUGUCUGUUCUAUGAGUCCAUGCUCAACACGGUGAUCUUUGCCAGGGACAAGUGGCUGAAACCUGGAGGGCUUAUGUUUCCAGACCGGGCAGCUUUGUACGUGGUAGCGAUUGAAGACAGACAGUACAAGGACUUCAAAAUCCACUGGUGGGAGAAUGUCUAUGGCUUUGACAUGACCUGCAUCCGGGACGUGGCCAUGAAGGAGCCUCUAGUGGACAUCGUGGAUCCAAAGCAAGUGGUGACCAAUGCCUGUUUAAUAAAGGAGGUGGACAUUUACACAGUGAAGACGGAAGAGCUAUCGUUCACAUCUGCAUUCUGCCUGCAGAUACAGCGCAAUGACUACGUCCACGCCCUGGUCACCUAUUUUAAUAUUGAAUUUACCAAGUGCCACAAGAAAAUGGGGUUUUCCACAGCCCCUGACGCUCCCUACACCCACUGGAAGCAGACUGUCUUCUACUUGGAAGAUUACCUCACUGUCCGGAGGGGGGAGGAAAUCUACGGGACCAUAUCCAUGAAGCCAAAUGCCAAAAAUGUGCGAGACCUCGAUUUCACAGUAGACUUGGAUUUUAAGGGACAGCUGUGUGAAACAUCCGUAUCUAAUGACUACAAAAUGCGUUAGCACAGGUGGGAAGCUGCAGAGAGCAAGGAGAAAAGGAACUCUCACCUCGAUCUGCCGUGCCGUCCCAAAGAAUAUCGUUUGCAGGACUACACACUUGAAAACCAGAGUUUUCAACUCUGCCUUGAAGAUUGGUGAACUCCCCAGGGCUCCUGUGGGCUCCGCCACUGGACAGAAGGCCUCCAGCUCCUCCGCUCUGCCCUGGGAGCCCCUCAUGAAGGCUUUGCAUUGCCAGCAAAGAGCGACCUCACGAGUUGUGGCUGGGCCCCGAGGGUGGAAACGUAUUCGCGUCUCCCUGUCUCUUCCUUAACUGUGACUCUCCGGGUCUUCUGAGUUUUGCAUGCUGCGGGUGUCUAAGACAGAUUGCUUCCACUAGAACCUGGAGACAUAGCAUCUUUGAUAGCAUAAGCCAGAUUAUCUGUGUGUGCGGUGGUGUGUGUGUGCGUGCAUGUGUGAGUGUGAGCAGCAUAGUCCAUAUUUACCCACAAAUACCUGUAUAUGCAUGCAUAUACAACCAAGUGGGUACACUUAGGUGUUCACUCAGAGGGGCGUGUGUGUGCGUGCGUGCGCGUGUGCCUAGAAUAUAUAUUACUCUCAGAGGAGAUUCUGUUGCUUUCGAAUAGAAAUUUGUUUUGUGAUUAGUUCGCCCCUUCCCCACCCCUUACCAGAUGUUAAGCAGCUAUGAAACAUUCUCUGUACUAGCUCUGGUCUCCUUUUGACUGGACUGUGGCUCUGAACCCUGAGCAUAGUACCACGGACUCCGUGGGCGCUCAAUAAACACACAUGAGAACAAA